ACCAAGACGGGUCCUCUUGAGCCGUAGAAACUCGGUCUCCUUACGAGCGUGCAGAGAGCGCCUCAUACUCUUCUACAACAAAAAGACAAACUACUCAGGAAGGUAUUUUUAAGUGUGUGGUCUGUGGAGCCUGAUUUAGCUGGGUUUUAAGGAUAUAUCUGAAUGAUGAUUGGUGCACACCGCCGAGAACAGUCACAGUCUGCCUGAAUCACCACCUACAGAUAAAUCCUCCUCUGAAGGGCACUCUGGAGUGAGAACGAUCAUGGCUGAAGGGUUGUCCCAAAUUGAAGUGCUCAAAACUAGCCACAUCAAAGGGCCCAGAAUGAAGGAUUUCAAAGGGUUCAACUGAUGGACCCUUCACUCCCAUGAUUCUUCAUGCAGCACUAGCAAUAUCACACACAGUGAUGGAGACAGCACUUACAUGAAUGGAAUAAGGUCUUAAGAUGAAGGACGGUUACAGAAUUACAGAUAUAAGAGGGUUGGUGAUGAAGAUGAAGCAGGAAGACACAGGAACCCCCAUACAAGCAGUCUCGUCACUGGCCCCCUAUCGCUGCCUGUGGAGGCUGGCAUCAGGGCCAGCUGAUGCCACAGCAGAUCUGAGAAGCGCAGACAUGCAACUCAGCACUGCACCUUCAGUGGGUCGCAGGAGGAGAGGAAAUCCGGACAGCCAAGGUCUUCUAGGUGUGCUGAGUGUGUGUGCUACAUUACUGCAGUUAUGUGCUGGCUGUCCUUCAAAGUGUGUGUGUAACUCACUGGAAGCUAACUGCAGUGGGCGGAGUUUAAUAUCUGUGCCUGCUCUCACUACUCUCCCGGAGGGCACACAUACCCUCCUUCUGGCCAAUAACCGCCUCUCCUCCCUUCCCGUCUCUGUCUUCGCCAAUCUAAGCACCCUGAAGACACUUGACCUGUCCAAUAACUAUCUGGACAACCUGCCUUCCAGACUGUUCCGUGAGCUGAAUAACCUGAGCAAUCUGAGUUUGUGUAACAACAGCCUGACGGUUUUGGAUCGCGAGUUGUUUCGCGGCCUGACCCAGCUGCGGAGACUGGAUCUGUCUCUGAACGGCUUGGCCGCUGUGCCGCUGGGCCUGCUGGAUGAGCUGCAAGGGCUGACCUGGCUCUCCUUGGCUGGGAACAGACUUCACGCUCUGGAGAGACCCACAUUUGAGCCUCUCGUCAACCUUCAGCACCUGGAGCUGGGCAUGAACCCCUGGGAGUGUGACUGCAAUCUGAGAGACUUCAAACACUGGAUGGAGUGGCUGAUAUAUCGAGGCGGUAAUGUCGAUGCCGUUGAGUGUACACUUCCGAAGGACUUAAGGGGUCGUGACAUCAGGGGCGUUCCUGUGGAGAUGUUCAACUACUGUCUGCAAUUGGAGGAUGAGAAUGGGGGCGGGGCUGGGAGCACAAAGGGUGGAUCUCCACCAUGUUUUCGAGGGACAGCCACUCCGUCGUCUGAAGGUGCAGUGGUGCGUACGGAGGCGGAGCUACCAGACUGUGUAAAGCAUCGUUAUCGGCCGGUCAGUGUUCGCAGGGCGAUCGGUACAGUAGUGAUCGCUGGUGUGGUCUGUGGAAUCGUGUGCAUUAUGAUGGUAGCUGCCGCAGCAUAUGGCUGCAUUUAUGCCUCACUUAUGGCAAAAUACCAGCGAGAGCUAAAGAAGAGGCAGCCGUUGAUGGGUGACGCAGAGGCAGAAGCCGAUUCGGAGGAGAAACAGAUCUCAUCAGUAGCAUAGGGGAAUGGAAAGAGGUGUCAGAGUUCAGAGGUCAGCCACAAAUAUAAAGAGCCCUUUACUGGUUGAAGCUGCACAUUUGAUGAUCAUUAAGCUGACCAGCGGAGGAUUCAUUAACCCUGUUUCCUGUCUCUCUGCCCUUCCUGAGACCCUCUCUGACUCUCAGACUUAACACUUUACUCAAACUCUAAACUUUGGCCUAUGACCUUUGACCUAUUUGCCCCAGGACAAGAGGGACCACUCAGCACUUUAGAACUCCCCCACCCUUCUCCAGUGUUGAGAGGAUCUCAGCAGAGGAGGCGUGGAUGCAGCUGUUCACAGUUCUGAACCAUGAUGUUUCUAGAGGAUCAUGUACUGUCAUUAGCAUUAGCCUCUGUAGCAGCCUAACCAUCAACCAAAACCUCCAAAUCAUAACUCUGAUCACAACCUCUCAAAACUAAUCCAAGUCCCCAACUCUAACCCUAAGCCUUUCAUGCUAACCCCAACCAUAACCAUCACCUCUAACACUGUCUACACCGGGUCGCACAUGCAAGUGGCACAUCCCAUCAAAAGCCAGUAACACUCAUUAUAAUCAAUACUGUUACUGCUACUGCCGAAUAGUGAAUCCGUAUUCAGAAAGGCACGGAAACCUAACCGUAAAUUUAUGCCCCAAUUUCUGACAUACCACAUGGGCUUGUUCUACUUCCGAAAAAAAGGACAGAUUGAUUUGGAAUAUUGACUUCAAAGUGUAAACAGCCUUAAUCUUGUCAACUGUUGUGCUUGGUGUAGACGUGGUGUAAUCCUAAACUUCCAACUAUACUACCAAGCCUAACCUACCACAUCCAGUUCUACUCCCAAACCUUAUCCCCAAACCUCCAGCAGUAACCCCUACCCUUACCAUAAACCUCCAUCACUAAUCCUAACCCCCAACACUAAUCUAAACCUCCAACACAAAUCCCUACCCUUACCAAAAGCCUUUAUCACUAAUCUGAACCCACAACCAUAAACAACCAAAGGGAAUCUCUACCCUUACCAUAAAUCUCCAUCACUAAUCCAAAAUCCAACUCCUACCCUAAACCUUCAGCUCUACUUCCAACCCAAACAUUAAACCCUCAACACUAACUCUAACCUCCAGCACUCACCUCCAACCUUAAUUUUAACACUUAACCCUACCCCAGUAUGAACUGAACAUCAUAACCCUCACAUAUCAUAUUUGAAAUAUUCCCACCUUAUUUAUCAGCUAUAAUAUAUUCUAUACGAUGUGAUGUGACCCCAGUUUCGAUUGCGCCUGUGUGAUCAAUUUUCUGCUUGUGGACCAAUUUGCAUAAUCCGCUUUUCCUUGAGGGCAGAAGUUGUUUAGACUAAAUCAGAUUCAUUUGACUUGAGCUUUCAGAAGCCGACAGAUAUUAUCAGUAUAAGCUUUCAUGCGGCAAAUCAAACGCAGCGACUGCAUGAAAAAGGCAAAGACUGUCAGAAACCAGCAUCACACCGUAACCAACAUAUUCAUUUCCUCAGUAUUACUGAAAAUUUCGAAUCAGAAAAUAACGUUGCUAAAUAAUGUCAACAUGAGGAACAACGUCAUUGGGUGGUUUGCACAAUGCUGCCAUCUAUAGGAAGGAUGUGCUGUAAGCACAAGGGAUGUGGAGCAAAUAUCACACCACCUCAUCAGGAUUUAGGAGAUGCUGUUCCAUUGUAACUAUAGCAACAGUCUUUCCCACACAUUAUUCAUUACCAAUGCAAAUUACUGGUAAGGUUGCUGGCAAAAAGUUGUAAAUCAAAAGUACAACUAAUUUAUGUGCGAAUACCCACACCAGCACUUAAGGAUCUAGGACUUUGUCUCGGUGUUCAGUGAUAUUUGCAGCCAUAUGCUGAUUAUAUAUAUAUAUAUAUAUAUAUAUAUAUAAGUACAGAUAUACAUUUAUUCAAAUGUAUGUUGAAUAUAUGUAUAUAUUUUAAUCUGUGUCUUACAAAUUACUUAUGAACAAUAACUUGAUUGGAAAAAUUGAGUAUACGUUUCCCUGUGUUUUCUGUGUAAACUCCUUUUGUAGAGGAACUCUUAAAGAUUCUCUGUUAGAGAAUUCAGAGAGAACUCAUGAAUUAUUAAUGAGAGGAGUUUUGUCUAAUGGCUGCGGUCUCUCCUGCCAUUACGGUUCAUUUAGCUCUUGUUUUAUACAGCAUGUGUCAAAGGCCUGUACUCUGCACGGGGCGACAAAACACAAACCCUGUAUCCUCUGUUCUGAAGAAAAAAGACAAAAAAAAAAAAAAAAAAAAAGACAAAAGCACUUUUGCCACUGCUGGACUAAUACUUUCCUGUCAAAUUGCACUUAUUGCAAAUAUUCUCAAAAGGGAUCACAUGCUUGUUUAUUGACAACGUCAGCGAUGUGCUUUAUCUGAAUAUUAGCCGACAGAGCAGUCGUGAUGUAAUUUCAGUGGAUAUAAAGGGUGGUUUAUAAAUGAGCAGUGACCCAGCUGGGGUGUCUUUACUCUCUGUCCUGGCUUUACAUUUAAGAGCAGGGACACCACACCCUCCACUACGCACCCUCGCUAAAUAAAGGCUUUAUAAAUCCCAAUUGAUGAAUGAGGGGAAAGGAUUUGCCCAUUUGACUGAGCUGAAAGCAUCUUCAAGAUCAUUAUGAAGUUCUGGUUUAAUAUGUUAUAGCUUAUUGAUGUGACCCUUUCUUCACUUGACCUUUUUUCUAAUACCGAUAUGAGAUCCUCCUUUAUAUUUUCGCUUGAUAAAAAUCCGUUUGAAAUAUGAUUUGUGAGCUGUGAUAUAAUUCUGUGUUAUAAAUGAAUAAAGAAUGUAUUUCCGUAAA